AUGUGGUUUUUAUUAAAUAAUAUAAUUGAAUUUAUUAUUUAUUUAAUUAUUGAUAAUAUCACAAAAUUUCUUCUUAUUAAUAAUAGACAAGAAAAUCGUUUUGAUAUAUUUGUCUAUGAAUGCUUGGUUUUUGGUCUUUUAAUUGGUUUUAUAUCACUUUAUCAUCAUAUAACAUUUCUAUUAAUAUUUCUUCUUCUUAUCCAUAUUAUUGGAAUACUUUAUACAGAAAAACGUUUUGACAUAAUAAAAAAUGGCUUUCAAAUAUUUAGCCAUAUUUUUAUUCAAAUAUGUCGAUCAGUUAUAAAACAUUUAUAUAAUUUUAUUUCAAAUUAUAUUAUUAAUCGUUCAUCUCCGAAACCAAUAAUAACAAAAAGACUUCCACAAGAAUGUUUAUAUAGUUAUCAUCUAAAACCGAUAAAUGAUCUUCGACUUCAGCAACCAUCGGUUGUUCAAGCAUUAUCAAGACCUGGUAUUUUUAAUUUGCAUGGAACAACAUGUUCAUUAAAUGCUCUAUUACAAAGUUUAGCAUCACUUAAUACAUUUUAUUCAUCAUUACAACGAAAUAUAAAUUUUUCACGUUUUAAUUAUGAUUCAAUCGUAUCUACUUUUCUUGAUCUUAUUUUUCAAUUACGAAAUGAUCAUCGUACAACAGAAUAUAAACAUUGGAAUACACUUAUUGAUACAUCAUUAUUUAUAUCAAAAUUAAAUGUUAUCUAUCCAAAUUUAUUAACAAAACAUGCAACAACAGAUAUAGGAGAAUUAUUUCAAUGUAUUAUUGAUGUACUGAAUAAUGCUCUAUCAAAACAAACGCUAGUCUAUUCAACAAAUGUAACUGAACAAGUACAAAAUCAAAAAUUAACAACAUUUUCAAUUGAUUUUCUAAAUAAAAUAUUUGUCGAAACUGAAGCACAACUUUAUAAUAAAAUAACAUUAGAUAAUCUUGAUGCACAAUCAAUAUAUAUAAAUCAAUACGUUGAUCUUACUUGGUUACUUCAUCAUAUUCAACUUGGUUCAGUUAUAAAACAAAUUUUUUCUGGACAAUAUCUUCAUGCUUAUUGUUGUAACAAUUGUUCUCAUGUACGUUUUCGUGCUGAACCAUUUCAAAUUUUAACAUUACCAGUAAAUAAAACAAGUACGACAUUGGAAAGGAUUAUUUCUCAAUUAACAAAUAUUGAUAUUGUAUGA